GAAAUUUAAGAUGGCUCAAAAAGAUUUAGACAUUUUGCGUAUCAUCGGCUUGGAGCCCUCUGAGAUUUCCCAAGACUAUUUGAACACCAAGCAACAAUUCCAACUCCACGAUUUGCUCACCGAGAAACGGCACGAAAAAACAUGGAACUUGAGCGGAUUGGCCCGAACCAAUACCGCCAGUGCACUCAAUGCCAUUUUAAGCGUGGAUGAAGACAUUAGUGCGAAAUUCCAAAUGAUUGCCAACAACCACGAGCUGUCUUUAGCUGUGGACGCCAUGAAAGAGGCCUUGAAGCACAAUAAGAAAAUCUACUUUUACGGCUGUGGAGCCACGGGACGUCUUUCCAAGCAAAUGGAGAGUUCGUUUUGGCGGCCAUUCUGGGAGAAAGUGGAGCAACAAUAUCCUGGACGCUUUGUGAACAUGAAGGACAUGGUCAUUGGCGAAAUGACUGGGGGUGAUAGGGCCCUAAUUAGUUCCCUGGAAGGCUUAGAAGACCUUCAAUUGGUCGGGGAGCUCCAGCUGAAAGACCACGGGAUUCAAAAAGGAGAUGUGGUGUUUGCCGUCACCGAGGGCGGAGAGACCUCCUCGGUGAUUGGAACAAUUCUCACAGCACGCAAGCAAUACAUGGAAAAUGAGGUGGAGGCUGCUCAGAAGAAUCUGUUCUUCAUUUUCAAUAACCCGGAGGAUGUGCUCACUCGAUUAGAUCGCUCCCGGGCCGUUUUGGAGGAUCCUGCCAUUACCAAAAUCCCACUCUGGACCGGUUGUCAAGCCAUCACGGGCUCAACACGAAUGCAAGCCACUACAAGUGAGCAAUUCUUGCUGGGAAUCAUCAUGGAGCAGGCCAUUUACGAAUUUCUGACCGAGGACGGUGGUCUCUCGAUCAAGGCCGUCAAGGACUUGGGAUUUUCGCAAGACUCGCUGAACGAUCGAUUGCUCAGUUUUAUUGCCCUUCAGAGAGCCACGGCAAAAAGUGUCAAUGAUCUGGCUAAACUGACCGACCUCGAGUCAGAUGCCUACAAGCAAAGUGGAAAAGCCAUCUAUUGGGCUGAAUCGGGGAUGGUGACCGUCUUCACUGAUUCCACGGAGCGAUCCCCCACAUUCCGGACGUUUCCUCUGGACACGGUCAAAGCCAAAGAGAAACUGUGCUGGCUCCACGUGGUCAGCUCUAAAGACGACCAAAAGUCGGCUUGGCUCCAGCUCCUUCGCCGUCCAUUUAAAGGCAUGGAAUCCGACUUCUACAAGGAAGGCUUUGAAACCCGAAUCGAAGAUCCUUUUCUCAGGGGCGAAGCCCUACGUAGCUUAACCAGAGCUGGGAAAGAACAAGAACUCCUCUACGACUUCUCCAAGUUGAGCAUCGACAUUCAACCUAAUGGGAUGGGAAUAGUUUGCCUGCUUAUGGAAGAUGAACUCACGGAUGAUCACAGGAACUUUUUGCAAAGCUAUGGCUCCAUUCCAGGGGGAAAGUCAGCCUUGGUAGUGACCACCUCCAAGACCAAGGAUCAUCGCCUCCGAGAUCCAUCCAUCAGCAAUGCCCAGGUCCCCAUUGUCUGUGCCAGUUUCCAGAGAGACCCGCUAGAGGUGCGCCAACAUAUUGGUAUGAAAAUGGCACUCAAUGCGCACUCGACGUGUGUCAUGGCCAAGAUGGGUCGUCUCGUGGGGAACACGAUGACCAAUGUGAGUCCUGCCAAUCUAAAACUAAUUGGACGAGCCACGAACUUGAUUCUGAUGCACGUUAAUGACAAAUUAAGUGGCAAGAAUGUUCAAGUUUCUUAUUCGCAAGCCAAUGCCAUCCUCUACGACAUGAUUCGAUAUGCCUCAGAAACUGGAAAGACUGGGAAAUUACCGGAAGUGGCUCUUUCCAUUGUUCGAAUCCUUGAAGUAGCCAAGAGCACCGAGAGCGUAACUUGGGAGAAAGCUCAAGACGUUUUGGACGAAGCCGGUGACCUGGAAGCUUACUUAACAUCUUUUAGUUGAGCAUCGUUACAUCUUGUGAAAAGUUAUUAAUCAUUAAGGAUAAUAAACAUGGCUCGGUUA